AUGUAUGCGAUGUCGCAAAAGACGAAUCAAACACAAAACAUCCCUCGAAGAUACCUUUAUUCCCUUCAGGAGCAGAUUCACGAAUUGCAGUCCGAAAUUGAGGCGAUCGUCAACGAGCAAGGCGUUCAGUCAAACAAUAUUGGUAGCACCACUCCGAUUCAAAGAAAUUCAACAGAGGAAUACCAUGUUGGUGUCACGGGAACAGCAUUCGGGAACCUUCCGUGUGCAACAACCUAUAUCGGUCCCCUAACCUCUGCGCGACUGUUGGAGCGGCUACUCAUUGCACUUGCAGAAAGGCAUUUGGCAAGCACGGCUGAUAUGGAUGAGACGGAUUCACCGUGUCGCCAAGCGUUGCAAUCGUUGUCGGAACUUCGAAGUCACAACAAAGGUACUACAGCGAUGUCUCACAUUUUUAUCGAUCCAAAAAAGCCCGAUACCCAGAUACAAUCAUCAACCCAACGAGCGCUGAUCGAGCAUUAUCUGAAGGUUGUCCAGCCCGAGUAUCCGUUGCUUUCACUGGGGCAGGAAGUUGAAUUCUUGAAUGAAGAAAACCCUGUCCGCCGGUGGGGCAGCGAUACGUCUGCCUCGGAUGGGUUAGCAAUAAAUUCGGUCUUUGCUAUAGGUGCUACGUUAUUAGCCCGGGACCAAGAGCCAGCAUUGACUACUGUGGCUCUCGCAUUUACCCGAAAUGUGCGGAAAGCCUCUCAGUCAGUCGUAGAUCUAGAGAAUACUCAGUUGGAAGCCGUGAAGCAUUUGGUUACAGCCUUUAGCUUCUCAGCUCUUUGCGAGCUGACACAACCUGCCUCGGGCCAAGCUUAUGCUGUGCUCGGUCGCGCAUUUUCUCUAAUGGAGCAGCUUCGAGCCGAAUAUCAAACUUCGCUGUAUCCUCUCGACGAUGAGUUCAAACGGUUGGAAUAUUGUCUCAUGAAAAUGGAAAGCGUCGUUGAGAUUCACUUCCAGAGGCCAAGCCGAUACACUGCAAUAUCUUCAUUGUCGUCUUUUGAUGACGCUGGAGCAUCACGCUUAGAUUACAGCUCGAUUGCUGCAUAUAAACAGAUUCGCAUAUCUAGGCAAUAUCUUAAUAACAACCAUGUACCAUCACAGCGUAUUCUCGAUGACCUGGUUCCUACUCGACAUCGUCUAGCCCCCCAAGGGCUUGAAAAAGUGCUCGAUUUUGUCACGGCCACAGUCUAUCUGGCUUUGCAUCCUCUAUUCACGACAUGUCCUGAAAUCAUCUUUCUCUAUUCGUCGAAGCAGCAACAUACAAUAUGUCUAGACAAACCAACGACUGACCUAUUGUAUGUUGUUUCAAGGUCUGCUGCAAGAGUGAUAGAUCACUACGUUCAAGCGAAUAAAGAUUCCAAGAUUAUCAGUCUAUGGAUAGCUGCCGAGCACAUACUUCAAGCUGGAGCUAUGUGGGCAACUUAUCUGAUUAUGGUUCAUACACAGUCACUUGGCGGUGGCUUGUCUGGAAUCGGACUGAGUACUGCUAUGACGCCACUGCAUAAAUGCACAUCCUUGCUGUCAUCUAUUGCGCAGCGUUGGGGUGAUGGAACGAACUAUACCGAGGUUUGGGAUACAUUUCUCUUACUGUAUUGGGACACAUUGACGGAAUUAUAG